AUGAUCGUUAACUGUAUUAUUAUUUCAAUUCAAUUUACUUAUUAUUUAGCUGUUCAACGUGCACGAGCUAAUACACAAACUUAUUUAUGCUCAACAACACCAUAUUCCUCUUAUCCAGUUAUUGCAGCUGCAGCAGUUGCUGCCGCUGCUACCGCUUAUCUUCAUGGAACAGUAACUAAUCCUACUCCUUCUAUCCCUACUCCUACUACUCCUAUUAAUACUCCUACUAAUAAUUUUAUAUUAAAUUCUACAUUCACUGACAACUACAAUCUAUCAGAUCCAAUCAAAUUAUCAAAUUUAUAUAUUCCAACAACUAGUCAAUAUAUUACUACUACUACUACUUUAAAUGAUCAUAUGAAUCAUUUACCUCAACCAUAUUAUUAUGAACAAUAUGAGCAUACAUUGAAUACAUCUAAUAUACACUAUUCCAAACUAUAUAAUCAGCCUAUUUCUACAAGAAGAUAUAUAUCAAGUAAUUCAAUGAAUAAACCAACAGAGAAUAUCGUUACAUCGUAUUUACCAUUUAUUAGUAAUAGUACUAGUAGUAAUAGUAAUACUUCAUCAAUGGUAACCUACAAUUAUCAGCCAUCAACAUUACAUCAUCAUCACAAUCAUUAUGCAACACGUUUAAAUCUACAACAAAAAUCACCAUAUGGUUAUUAUCAUCCUCAUCCUCAUCCUCAUCAUGAUCAUGAUUAUCAUUCAACAUCAUCACGUUCAACUUCAAUUAGAAUGACUACACCAAUCAUGACAAAUUUUAAUAAUAUAAAUAUGAAUCGUAUUCAUCAAUAUAAUACUACUAACAAUACUACUGAUAGUAACACUACCACUACUACUACUGUUACUAUGGCUACUACUACUACUACUAAUAAUAAUAAUAAUAAUAAUAGUAAUAGUAGUAUAAGAUGUGAUUUAAAUCAAGAAUCCAAUUCAUUUAGACAACCAGAUUCAUCUUCAUCAUCAUCAUCAUCUAAAUUAGCAUCAUUCACCUCAACCACUAUACAUCGUCAAACUAUUCAUUCAUUUAUCAUAGAUAUAAAGAAAACAUUAGAAGAAUGGAUAUUGAUCAAUGAUAUAACAUAUUCAAUAGAUACUACUAAUUAUUUAAAUUAUAAUUAUCAUAUAGAAUUAAUGAAAUUAUGGUCCAAUAAAUUAUUAAAACAAAUCUCAUUUAUAUUAAAUAAAUUACAUUCAUUUAAACAAAUAUGGAUUCAACGUUUCAAGAAUAUGGCGGGAAAUUCAAAUUCAUUUCAUAUACAUCAUCAUAAUGAUCAUGAAGAAGAAGGAGAAGAAGACAAUGACAACAACGACGACGAAGAAGAAGACUAUUUAUGGAUCAAUGAAUUAAUUUCACAAAUAGAAUUUUAUGAAUUACAAGAAUAUGAAGUGAAAACAUCAAUUCAAUUAAAAAGUAUAACACCAAUACCUGAUACAACUCAAAUUAUGAUAUGUGAAUUAAUAGAUAAAGAAUGUGAAUUAUUAUUGAAUCAAUCAUUGUCAACACUUAGUUUAAUGCAUAUUUGUCAAUCAAUUCAUAAUUAUCAAAAUGAAGAGAUUAUAAUUGAACAGAUCAAAUCUUUAAUCUACUCCAUUCAUCGUCAUCCUCCUCCUCCUCCCCUUCAUCAUCGGCAUCCUUCUGCUCCACCUCAUCAUCAUCAUCAUCAACAACAACAACAUGAUACUUCCAAAUAUCACAAAUUCAACAAACCAACACCUAUCCCAUCAAGUCAGUUAACUAGUAACCGAUCAAUUACCAAUUUGGAUAUAAGUCACAUUGAAACUGGUUUAGAACACAACUUAAACGAUACAAAUGAAUUAUGGAGUAGUAGUAAUGGUAGUGGUAGUAGUAGCAGUUCAAACUGGAAUAAUAAUAAUAAUAAUUACAUAAUUCAUAAUAAAAAUAAUAAUAGUAAUUUGUUACUACUUAUUAGUAGUAUAAAAAGAAAUAACAUCGAUUCAUUUGAAUGGGGAUGUAUGCGAUGUUUCAUUCUGUUAAAUUCUAGUCUCUUAAAUGAUUCCUAUACUAAAUCAUUUGAAUUAUUAAAAUAUACAAUUCAUAUGAUGUUAAUCAAACAUAUAAUUAAUAAAUUAAAACAACAAUUACAUCAUAAUAAACAAGUAACCAUAGCAACAAACCAUUGGAUAUUGACAUAUCGUUUAACUCAACGAAUUUAUAAUCUUUUACAAAUUUCCAAUGAAUUAAUGAAUAUACAAAUUUAUCAGAAUACUACUGAUAAACAUUUAGUUAGUAGUCAAUGA